UUUCGUAAAGUAGUACCAAAUUUGUGAUAAAAUACACACAGAAAAGCACCGUGCGGUUGGGCUCGUGAUAGGCUGUAUCGGUGCUGUUGGCAGGCCAUUUUGUUGGCGUUUCCGGUUGGUGUGUAUUAGCGGCUGGUGGCCGAACCCACAAGUGAGUUCGCGUGCGUUUUCGGCAGGAUUUUUAGAAGGAAAACCGACCCGUGUCACAGGCUGGGCGGACGUUUGUCGGAAGCGGGGCUCUCUUGCUGCUUUCCCAAUCUUUACCACCUGAUAUUCUAACAUUAGACAAUCAGUUGUCCGUUAAGCAGGCGAGCUGCGUGUACGAAGGGGAACAGUGAUUUCGCGAAGUGUGGUGCAAAGAGCAGGAGGAGACACAUUGCGGUACGAACGGUGGAGAUUCAUCUAGGGUGGGGCCUACGGUAGUAGAACCCCCCGGGGGAGAAAAGAAGGCUAAGUGCGUAUGAGCCUGCGAGGAUCGUAUCUGCGUCGCAGAAGUUAAGCAACCCGUCUCGAAAGGACCUGUAUUCAGGAGACGCGAUCGCGACCACCAGUCCACGGUGCGACCCUGAAAGUUGUUCAACGCGAAGCUACACGGUGCAAAGCAAUCGCUCGUGCACCACCGAGAGCAUAUAGUCCCUUCGAAAAAUCCACCACUACAGCGACGGCGACGGACACAGCAGCACCCGUACAAGCGCGUUACAUUCGACCGAUCAGCACUGAACACCAAACAGCGCCUAGCAAAACCUAGCACCCUUGUCGCGGUUUGGGGUUGCGCGUGAACCAACACACGCACACCUGUCGUCGUUUGGGGAGGAAACGGGUGCUAUCGUUCGCAAUCGGCUCUUAGUGUGCUGUCGCACCCGAAAGGAGAUGGUGCUGCUGUUUCUCCUUUGACGCAUGGUCACGGGUUGUGUAUGAGAAGGGGUGUAAACGAACGAACCCUACGCACAGAGAACAGUGCCCUUAGGUGGUAGAGAUUAAACAAUAUUGUUUAUACUGCCAAUCACAAACACACGGCGGGUGGAUGAAACAAAAAAAAACUACCCCGAACCGAAAACCCUUCAUCGACCUUGCAUUGUCGACCCAGUGAUCGUUCGAAUUACUCGCAGUGAGUGUAUGUGUGUGAGAGAGUGUGUACGUCUGUGCAUGAUUAAAAACGUGAUCUCCUCCUCAUGAGAUAAUAAGAUCAUAACGUGGUCGGACUGACUACGACAACAACAAAAAAAAAAGAUACCGCCCUUGGAGAGUGUGAUAUUGCAUCUGCGUGUGUUGCUAUAGCAAACGGGUAAGGUGACCACGUUCAGUGACAGUGAGAAAGAAGAACUUUAAUUCCAUUUUAGUGGUUCUUCCUACAGCAGUAAGCACAGAGUGUAGCGUUAACGGGCGUAAAAUCAAAUAUUUAAAUCAUGUGAUAAGCGAGCAUAUUUUUUCUCCUCCACCCCAUUCGUUUCACACUUAUUUGUGUACGGGAAAAUCGCACAUCUCGUGCACAGGAGGUUUAGAAGAUCGUAAGUGAUACUAAGCAACAGAAAAUAAGUGUUAGUGUAUCAAACCCAGUGGCGGCAACACAUUUACGGGCGCGCGCUGUGUUUUGUAGAAUUAGAACCGCGUGCUACCCUUAUUGGUUGACGUAGUUACACAAUUACACCCUUUAUUAAUAUGUAAGUAGGCCGAUCUUCUCGAAUCGUUUAUUACGAAAGAUCGGUUCUAGAUGUGUAAGUAGUGGUUUAGAAUUGAACUCAAAAGUGUGUUUACGACGGUAUCGCAAUAUAAGGAAGAGUAUUUUAUUCCGUGUGUGUGUGUGGAAGUUCCGUGUCAAAUAGCAGUGGUUAAUGCGAAUUGUUGUGUUAAAGUAAGCCAGAACAACAUAACGCAAAAACAAGGUGCAAAAAAGCUAAACGUAGUACUGCGCGCACACGAUGGACCCAGCAGUGGCUUGGUAUCAGGAGGAACAGGACGGUCCGUCGAAGCUAGUUUGGAUGCGUAUAUGGGAAACUAACUCUGAUCUGUACGGUCCGGUGCACGCUAAUUAUGGUCCGGGCAACGGCAAUGGACAGGAAACGUUGAAGGGUCCUUCGUCCCGUGGUGGUACACUGGGUGCCGGAGAUCAAAAGCAACACGACCUGCAAUUCAAUAAUUCCAACAGUGGGAACAACAACGGUAUCGGUAAUCAUCAACAACCGUCACCGGUAAUCGAGUCAACGGGGAAAAUUAGUAACAGCAACGGUUCGAACACCGUUACAACAACUGUCACCAGUGGUAACGUUGGUAACGCUGCACUGUCAAACAGUAGUAUACUAAACGGAAACAAUAACAACGUAGUGAAUGCCGCCGGGCCCGGGAAUGGCAACGGGGGAAACAAUAAUUCUAACAGCAACUGUAACAACACCGGUGGUGGCGUGACGAACGGUGCCGAGUUGACAACGGGGGGCGGUAACGGCUGUACCAACAACAACAACAACAAUAUGGUCGGCAAGGGUGGAUGCGGAACCGGAACCGGUCUAGUCAGUAACGAGAAGAAUUAUAACCCGGUGCGUAAGAAACUGGGCAGCAUGAUGACGGACAAUAAGGCCAGCACCUUUAAUAUGAACAAGCAACAUCAUCGACUGAUCGGUGUCCACGGUGGAUGUCCCUGGCGUCCGCCAAACUUUAAGUACGGUCGGGGCAUUAUUGGAUUACAUCAGGAGAUAGAACAAUUUUACGCGCAUAUGAUCGCAACGCCUACCGAGCACGCCCUCCGAGUGAAAGUGGUUAGCCGGAUAGAACAGAUCGUGCUGAAUCUCUGGCCUUCGGCAAGGGUGGAAAUGUUCGGUUCAUUCCGAACAGGGCUCUACCUACCCACUAGCGAUAUCGAUUUGGUUGUAAUUGGACAAUGGACUAUGUUGCCACUUCGAACGCUGGAGAUUGAAUUGAUCAAUCAGGGCAUCGCCGAACCGAACUCGGUCCGGGUGCUCGAUAAGGCAUCCGUUCCGAUCGUGAAGCUAACCGAUCGACAGACGCAAGUAAAGGUGGACAUUUCCUUCAAUAUGGAAUCGGGCGUACAGUCGGCGAAGCUGAUCAAGGGCUUCAAGCGCGACUAUCCGGUGCUGGAGAAGCUGGUGCUAGUGCUGAAACAGUUUCUGCUGCAGCGCGAUCUGAACGAGGUGUUCACCGGUGGCAUUUCCUCCUACUCGCUGAUACUGAUGUGCAUUAGCUUCCUGCAGCAGCAUCACCAAAAGCCAAGCACCAGCUCCAAUCUGGGCGUACUGUUGAUAGAGUUCUUCGAGCUUUACGGUCGCAAGUUUAACUACAUGAAGAUCGGUAUUAGCGUGAAAUCGGGACGAUACAUACCUAAGGAAGAGUUGCAGCGUGAAAUGAUAGAUGGUCAUCGACCGAGCUUGCUGUGCAUAGAGGAUCCACUUACCCCCGGCAAUGAUAUUGGCCGUUCUUCCUAUGGCGCGUUACAUGUGAAGCAAGCGUUUGAGUAUGCCUACAUUGUGCUCGUCCAAGCCGUGUUACCCUUGGAUAAGAAUCUAAACGACUGUAAUCGGCAAAGCAUAUUGGGCCGAAUAAUACGCGUGACGGACGAAGUGAUUGAGUAUCGCAAGUGGAUAAAGGAUACAUUCGAGGAAAAACUAACUCGGCAAUCCAGUUUACAGCCGAUCACAACUACGACGGUCCUUUUAAGCGAUCAUUACAUACCGCUCCAGCAGCAGCAGCAACCGCGCCAUUUAUCUCAGCAGUCGCUUAUUCAUCACAUUCACCAGCAGUAUCCGCGCCAUGUCAUCCGAAGGCGACCGAGCUCGUCGAGUGUGGAACUGUCGGAGGAAAGCAUGGAUAGCGAUGGGGGAGGCGCUAGUGGGGACUUUCACUGCAACACGUCGACGACCGCCCGUGAUAUCUCGCCGUCAUCGUCCGCAGCCGGUCUCACGACCCGUUCACCACCGAUUGAGCUGCACGAUCUGAACGGUGGUCCGGCACCGAUCAUGAUGCUGGCCGCGACGAACCCCCACCUAGCAGCAUCCACGGCCCAUCCGCACGAUUUGCUAAUAGAGGAGAACAAUUUGCUAAACAUGACGCACCAUCAGCACCAUCCGCAGCAACAGCAGCAACUGUCGGCGGACCCGAACAAUAUCGUCGAUACGCAGAUGAUCAACUACAACAACAUGAACAAUCGUCGCAUCGUACCGUCACCAAAUCAGCACCACCAGCAACAGCAGCAGCAGCAGCAGCAGAUUGUUAGUAGCAACAAGAACCUGUACAGUCGCAACAGCUCCGAGCGCAUCCCGUCGAGUGGUGCGACCGGCAACAGUAUGGUAAAUGGUGGCGGCAAUACCAACAGCAGUGUGUAUAAUAUGCAGCCCCAUCAGCAGCAGCAGCAGCAACAGCAACAACAUCAUCAGCAAAUAGGCCAAACACCGGCGAACAACGGUUUGGUUCGUCACAAUAGUAAUAAAAAUCGACGAACAGCCGCCAGCAUGCCCAAAAUCCCCACCAACUCGUCCCCGGCAUACCCUUCCUCCGAUGUGAGCGGUCUUACUAGUGUAAGCAAUUGCGGCAAUAGCAGUAGUAAUAGCAAUAACCUAAUCGCCGGUAUGGUUGUAAAUGAUGAAAACAAUCUUCACUACCGUUCGGCUAGCCCGAAGGCCACCGUUGUUGGUGGGCUCCCACUGCUACCGUCGAAUGCGCUCGCGGGCAGCAAUGUGGUGAUAGUUUCCACCGGUGGAACCAGUUCGCUUGUGUCCAACGCUGCCAAACUGUACGGCACCAGCGGAAGCAAUAGUAGUAGCAGUGUGAGCAGUGGUGGCGGCACUAUCAAUAGCAAUGCCAAUUCCUCUAGCAAUAGCAGCAAAAAGUCCUCCCACAGUGGUACAAAUUCCUCGAAGCGCAAAAAGACUGUAUCGCCGGGGGAAAAGAAGACUGGUCCGAUGGCGGUGACGACGGGACCAACGACUAUGAGCUACGGACUGACGAUGUCCGGCACGGUUGGAAGUGUGGUCGGCGGUGGUGGUGCUGGGAGAGAUGGUGGUAGCACGGCGACGGCCAGCUUGGAUAGCCGAUGAUAGCCAUCCGUGGUAGGAGGGUACCUUCAACGGUUCCGCUACUAUCACUACUAAAUAGUUCGAAGUAGACAUCAAACAGUACCGAAUGCAGGUUUAAGGAAAUGAACUAAUUUCAUCCCUCCACUAUGCAUGCACCUUCCAUUUUAUCGAGUGGAAAUUCCGGGGGAGGGAAAAAGAGACAGAUCAGUGGAAGGGAUAUUUAAAGGGCGGGGAGGAUGGUCAUGCUGUUGCGCUAGGCAUGGCAGCAUGACGACACCGAAUGUGAUGCGUGGGUAUAGUGGGUUAGUACUAAAGGCUUACAGAAACAAAAAGAAAACCGUAAAGUGGACGAAAAUAUCGUGUACGACGCGUACCGAACGACGUACGAUUUAUCUUAAGCAAGAGAUUAGAAGCGCAACUCUUUACAUUCACUCACUAGCCAAGCUACAUUACGCUAUGUUUAAUCAUAUAUUAUUACCGAUGCGUUACUAUUAUUGCUGCCAUUAUGACUGUAAAUAUUUCCAACAGCUUUCUAGUUGUUCCGAUGCUGUUGGUCUUUCUUUUUUUUAUAGUUUCUUUCCUCCCUCAUUACACCUGAUCAGAUGACUGGCAAACUUUCGGUUCUUAAUAUGCGCCUUGAUUAUCGAUGCGUUCCGUAAAACAAUCAUAUAUACAGUAACAGCAGAAUGUUAUUUUACGCUGCAUAAUUUAAUACUGUACGAUCUUCUUUUCGAUGGCUUUAUCUUGGCUGUAUCGAAUCUUUUUUUUUUAAUUCGUCAACAUGAUCGUUUAGAAUAUUCAACUUGUGUGUGUGUGCGUGUGAUAUGUUGCGUUUGGUUUGGUUUUUUUGUUUUGUUUCAAACGUCUAUUCUCUAUUUUGCUACAUCUGUUGAUUUAUUUAGUAUAGAGCAGAGAGUUGUGCGAAGUUUUAGUUUGGUAAUAGCAACCGGUAUGUGCCAGCAACUAUGCUAGCGAAACCUUGCAUCAUAACGAUGCAAGACUCUGAGCUCCACAAAGGAAAGAAUUCAAUACGUCACAGUAAUGAUAUUGAAUUGGCAAGCAUUCAAAAUUGCUGUUUGUAGUAUAGAGAUACACGGCAUCACGCUCACACGCUGUGUCCGGUUUAAGAUUGCGCUGUGUACUUUUUGGGGAGAAAAAAUCAUACGGAACACAAUUAUACUAACUAGGUAAUAAGUAGAACGAAAUGCUAAAACUGAAGUUAGGGUGUUUUCAGAUGCGUAAAAACCCGUGUACGAUUGUUGUUGAAUGGCAAGGGGAAAGUUUUGCAAUUUUAGGUCGGAUCUAGACGAUAAGCUCUAGCUGUAGUAGCCAGACCCGGUCUCUAAGAGUUUCGUUUUUGUGUGUGCGUGUGUGAGCUACGUUUUCUAUACAUAUGUGUCUGACUUUGUUAACGAUUGUUGUGUAGGACGAAGGAGAGGGAAAAACGCGAGAAAACAUUAAUUAACUUACGUUAACGGCAAACGGAUGCUGAGGAAGGUGUAGACGAUAAGUUGAUAAAUUAUUUGCACUAAUAGUCUGCGAAACGCAACGGCUAGAAAGGGGAACAGUAUGUAAAGUUUUUCUCUAUUUUUUAAUGAGUGUUGUAUGUAAAUAUGAUAUAUUCCACGGCAGUGGUCCGGGUAGGCUUGCUCCAUAGCGGUGUAAUGAUCAUCAAACUCAUCGAACCUGCUAUUAAUAACACUACUGCUAUUACUACUACUAUUACUAUUACAUGCAAAUACUAUUGCUUUUAUCGCUACUACCGCUAGGACAGCAACUAAUGGGAGCCAAAAACCACCCCCUCCCAGUUCUAAUAAACCCUACCGAUGUACUUUAGCUAGAAGCGGAGCUAUUGUCUUAGCGAUCGUCUACAAUUGUGUUACCAUGGUGGAGAUCACACUUUGAUUCACUUCUCACACCUGCCUUAUGGAAUGGCUUACAAGACUAAUUAUUGUUCGGUGGGUUCGGUUCGGUGUGGUAUGUUGGUGUAUGUCGUUUACCGAUUGAUGGAACCUUACUAUACUGAACAUCAUCAUUAUCUUCGCUUUCGCAAGAGCUGUAUAUGUACAUACGACAAAAAAUACAACGGAUAUUGUUUUCCUUAAUCGUUGUUUGAGAUUGUUUAUCUUUAAUUGUCUCAGAUUUUGCGCUUCCCCCGUCCGACGGUACGUUCUGUGUGGCGUGUGUUAUGCAAUGGCAGAUAAAACGAAUGAACCGACAACAAAGGUGAUUAAGAUAAAAACCACACACACAAAUUCCCUUCGCUACAUCCAGCUGGAUACGAUACGAUGAAAUUCAUUCAGAACGAUCUAACGAUACAAAGCAAUAGAAACGAAAAUACACUCCAUCUGCCUAAAAAUAGCGAAUCUUAAGUCUUUAGUGAGAGGAUAGAGCAUAGAAUCAAGAUUAGUGUUCCGAUAUCGUACAUUUCAAAUCAAUACGUAAACAAAUCACCCACACAAACACACACACAAACACACACUCUAUCUAUCUCUCUAGUGGGAACGAUUCACACAGAGCACGAUCGUGUUACGAUCAACUGCCAUUAUUGUUGCGGGUUUUUAACCAAAAGAAAAGGGAGUUGUCUAUAUCCUGGCAAUGCAUUUAUGAUACUUAUGUAGCAAUCGCCCACGAAAAUCAAUCAUAGAAAAGCGUUUGUAGGGGAGUUCGCAUGGAAGGGAACUGAAGCAACAAAAAAAAACAAAUCAACAAAAUCUUAAUCAAAAACUUUAGGGUCCCUUUAACUCCCCCGGCACCCGGAUCUGUGCAGGUGCCUCUCGUUCGUCCUUUGUAUUGAGAAGGUUGAAGUUUCUUUCAAAAUUAUGUACACACACACACACCAACCUAGUAGUACUGUUACGGUUUAGUGUAGUAAUCAAACAUGUCCGAACAUGUCGGACAUCGGUUACAGUGAUGCUACGAAGCAUGUAGCCGGUUUUGAAUAGAAAAAAAGGUAGUAUUUAAGCGUAUAAAAUCUAUUCUCCCAUAAAAAAAGAAAAAACACAGACACACGAUUUCCUUUCCUUAGCAGCUAAGUGUUAAGACUAAGCUCGCCUUUAUUGCCAAACGAAAAAUGAUGAUUCCGUUUUGUUUGUUGUGACAUGUUAAACGCUCGAUUGUAACUGCGAGUUGUAGAUCACCCUAAUGCAUCAUUGAACGCAAGACGCUCCUGGCCAAUAUGGAUAAUCAAACAAAACAUAGUGAAAAACUAUAGCAACUCGAUACCCACUAGCAGAGCAACACACCGGCCCCAAAAAACACCUACUUUAAGGACAAAACCUAAUCAGCAGCGACGUAUAACAGUAACGAAUGAAAAUAAGGGAAAAAGAAACAAAACAACAGAAACCAGUCAUUUUGAGUACAAAGAUGCACCUGUAUAAUUUAUAUGUAAAGUAAAGUUUAGCGCGUAAGCUGUGUACAUACAACCGAUCAGAAAGUGACGUAAAUAAAUAAAAAAAAGCGACGACGAUUUAAAAAAAACCCCGUUAUGGCACCAAAUGCCAAAUGGAAAGGAAA